AGGAGGUGGGGGAAAGAGCAGGAGCAAGGUGAGGUCCAGUUCUCUUUGGUAUUAUGUUUAUGUGUGUGGCUGUGGUUUUGCUUUUAGACUGGGUAUCACACUGUGGCCUAGGCUGGCUUCUAGCUCAGCCUCAGAGGCCUGAGAAAUCAAUACUGUUUUCUCAUUCAUCUCUUCUAACCAUGCUUUCUUUGAAAGCUUCGGAUUGCAGAAGAAGGAAGGCAAGAGCUUGGAGAGAAAGGAUCCUAAGGUGGAGGGAUGGGGUUCUUUUUAGAUCACAUGAUAUUGCCCUUUGCUAAAGUUACAGUUGUUUCUUUAGUGUGGACUGGGGCCUUCCAGCGGGAGAGAUCAGGUAAGACCCGGAAAGAGUUCUACAAGAGAAAAUUUUCUAAGAAACCCCUCCCUCCAAGUGUCUGUCUCAAACCCAGGAUUUGGGUUUAGGAAAGGAAAUUGAAAAGUAGCUUUGUGCCUCCCUCAAAACUGACCUCAUAGUGGCAGCAGCAAGCAGAGACUCACACGUGUACACUACCACCCAAAGCAACAAAGAAGGAAGUUGGACUGUGGUUGUGAGGAUGCUCUGUGCCUCCGAUCCUCUGCGAUCCUCUGCAUCUGCCAAUCAAGACUCAAGUCUCAGAACUGCUGAGCAGCUUUAGGCAGAGGAGUUUGAAUGUUCUCAGCUCCGCAGCUUUGCUGCCUGCCGGUUCUGAUCGGCUUUUUCCUCCGAAAGCGACGAGUCGUUCCGUCGGAUCCUUGAGGUGGGAGACAAAGAACGUGAUUAUUUUGGGGAUCCUCGCCGGGAGAGAGGCCCCGGAGAUGUUUUCCAGCACCCAGGGGGCGACAGGUGCAUGUGACGACGCGGAGCUGAGCUGCCGGGUGGCCGUGGAGGAGCUGAGUCCCGGAGGGCAACCUCGCAAGCGCCAGGCUCUGCGCGCGGCGGAGCUGAGCCUGGGUCGAAACGAGCGCCGCGAGCUAGUGCUGCGACUGCAGGCCGCGGGGCCGGCGGGGCGGCCGCGGUGCUUCCCGCUGCGCGCCGCGCGCCUCUUCACCCGCUUCGCCGCGGCCGGGCGCAGCACGCUGCGGCUCCCCGCGGAAGGCGCCCCCCGGGCUGGCUCCGUGCAGCUGCUGCUCUCCGACUGUCCCCCCGCGCGCUUGCACCGCUUCCUGCGCACGCUGCGCCUGAAGCUGGCGGCCGCCCCGGGGCCGGGACCCGCCUCUGCUCGCGAGCAACUCCUAGGCCCGCGGCCCCGAGACUUUGUCACCAUCAGUCCAGUGCAGCCCGAGGAACUGCGGCGUGCAAAGGCCACCCGGGCUCCAGAUUCCGUGCUGGAGAAGCAGCCAACGGAAUCCAAGCCUAAUACCGGCGCUCCAAGGUGGCCCCUGCCUGUGAAGAAGUUGAGCAUGCACUCCACCAAGCCGAAGCUCUCUGAGGAGCAGGCUGCCGUGCUGAGGGCGGUCCUGAAAGGCCAGAGCAUUUUCUUCACCGGGAGUGCAGGGACAGGAAAGUCCUAUCUGCUGAAGCAUAUCCUGGGUUCCCUGCCUCCUACGGGCACUGUGGCCACUGCCAGCACUGGGGUGGCAGCCUGCCAGAUCGGGGGCACCACCCUUCAUGCCUUUGCAGGCAUUGGCUCAGGCCAGGCUCCCCUGGCCCAGUGUGUGGCCCUGGCCCAUCGGCCAGGUGUGCGGCAGGGGUGGCUGAACUGCCAGCGGUUGGUCAUCGAUGAGAUCUCCAUGGUAGAGGCAGACUUGUUUGACAAGUUGGAAGCAGUGGCCAGAGCUGUCCGGCAGCAGAAUAAGCCGUUUGGGGGGAUCCAGCUCAUCAUCUGUGGGGACUUCUUACAGUUGCCACCAGUGACCAAAGGCUCCCAGAACCCUCGAUUCUGCUUCCAGGCCAAGAGCUGGAGAAGGUGUGUGCCAGUGAUUCUGGAGUUGACUGAGGUUUGGAGGCAGGCAGACCCAACCUUCAUCUCUCUACUGCAGGCUGUGAGGUUGGGCAGAUGUUCAGAUGAAGUCACCCGCCAGCUCAGGGCCACAGCUGCCCAUAAAGUGGGAAGAGAUGGAAUUGUGGCCACGAGACUCUGCACCCACCAGGAUGACGUGGCCCUCACCAAUGAGAAGCGGCUGAAGGAGCUGCCAGGUGAAGUACACAGUUUUGAGGCUAUAGACAGUGACCCCGAGCUGGCCCAGACCCUGGAUGCCCAGUGUCCUGUUAGCCGUGUCCUUCAGCUAAAGCUGGGGGCUCAGGUCAUGUUGGUGAAGAACUUAGCAGUGUCUCGGGGCCUGGUGAAUGGUGCCCGAGGAGUGAUAGUUGGCUUUGAGUCGGAAGGGAGAGGGCUGCCCCGGGUACGGUUCCUGUGUGGUGUCACUGAGGUCAUCCGCACUGACCGCUGGACAGUACAGGUCACUGGAGGCCAGUUUCUCAGUCGGCAGCAGCUUCCCCUACAGCUGGCCUGGGCAAUGUCCAUCCACAAAAGCCAGGGCAUGUCUCUGGACUGUGUGGAGAUCUCUCUGGGCCGUGUGUUUGCCAGCGGCCAAGCCUAUGUCGCCCUCUCCCGGGCCCGCAGCCUCCAGGGCCUUCGCGUGCUGGACUUCAACCCCAUGGUGGUUCGCUGUGACUCCCAAGUGCUGCGCUUCUACGCUACCCUGCAGCAGGCGAGGGGCCUCAGCCUGGAGUCCCAGGAUGAUGAUGAGGCAAACGCGGAUCUGGAGAACAUGGACCCAAACCUUUGACCUCAGCUGAGAGAGAAGACAAGCUUCUUCACGGGUCAAGGCCCUAGAAAAUAACUGGGGAGUGUUUCUUCCCUCAUUCAGCCUGAUGGUAGGGUUAAGGACAUGGUUUCCUACCUACUUACCAGCUCUGCCUCAGUUUCACCCCUUUCCCUGGAGAAACUUUCGGGGUCAGAAGCUGGAACUGGUGAUGGUUACCAGAGGACAAAGCUCUCUCUACAAGAGAUGGACACAUGGCCAGAGUUCUGAGCUGCAGGCGGAGAGGCAGUGCCUGCAGGCAGGUGCUGCAGGAGCAGCAGGAGACCCCGAUCAGGGCCUGUCUUCUUGCGCUGCAUUUAUUUAUUUUGUGCGCAUGCGCGCCACAGCGUACGUGUGACGCUCCGAGGACAACCUGAGGAGGAUGGUUUUCUCUUUACCCCUGUGGGUUCUGUGGGUUAAAUUCAGGUCAUAGGGCUUGGGGGCAGGCACUUUUGCCUGAUGAGCAAUCUUGCUAGCCCCAGGAUCUGUUUCAAUUUUCUUCAUACUAUCAUAACAAAAUAUAUGAGGCUGGUACUUAAUGAAAAAAUGAUUUAUUUUUAA